AGUUAAAGAACACCCCCGUCGGGGCUCAAAGAGGCGUAGAUCUUGGCAGGGUCUGUCCUCGGUGUCUGCAGUCAAUGGUGCAAUCCGUCUUCGAUCUCCCCCUCCGGUGCUUCUCAUCCAUUAUUCAUUCUUCUCCUACUACCACUGCCCGCGAGUUGAAGCAUCUGGCCGCAACAGACAACCCUCGCCAGACCUUUAACUUCUCUCUUAUACCUCUCGUCAUUCCUUCGCCCCUAUCAGGAAUCGUUUAUCUUGGUCAGGCACUGCCAUCAUCCUUCCGUCCAGCCUUGUUAUUAUCUCAAAGGGUGCGCUGACCGCCCCGCCUAUCCCGCACCCUUACUUCUACCCACUAUUAUUAUUCUGUCAUAUUCAAUUCAUCUUUUUCCCAAGCAGUUCCUGUUACUAUUGAACAUCUUUGCGCUAUACUUCGCGCCUCUUGCUACUGCCAUUCGCACGCAGUAGAGGGAGGCAUCAUUCAAAGCCAUCUGUGGGAGCAUUAGAGCCGCUCCGCACUUCCCGACCGAACAGAUCGCUCGCUCCAGCCAGCCGGCCCUGUUUGCAACUGAGACAAAAGGCAACCCAUCUGUCCAUUCUACCUUUCAAUGUCGCGUCGAUCUACAGAAGGUCUCUUUCUCUCUCCGGAUCAGCAAGAAUUGCUUAUGGCGGCGUUGAACUCGAACAAAUCCUUGAACCAGCAAUCUACUCAAAAAUCCACCCCCCAAAAUCUUAACUUCACCCCCAACAUGUCUGCUCCAGGCUCUGCCACACUCGACUUCAGUGACGACAGUCCUUUUCUCGAUUUCGACCCCGAAGCCGAUUUUGGCGAUGAGAGUUUUGAUUUUGAUGAGAAUGCUCGCAUGAUUGGGGACAUCCCCGGCGAGCUUCAUGAUAAGAGGAAAAGCAUUGAUGGCAAAGAUGACGAUGAUGAAGGAGGAGGGAAAAGACGUGAGGGUGAAGACAAGACUGCCAAAAAGCCUGGCAGGAAGCCUUUGACCUCCGAACCCACCUCUAAGCGCAAGGCUCAGAACCGAGCAGCUCAACGUGCCUUCCGCGAGCGGAAAGAAAAGCAUCUUAAGGAUCUCGAGACGAAGGUGGAGGACCUCGAAAAAGCCUCGGAGUCCGCCAACCAUGAAAAUGGUCUCUUGCGUGCUCAGGUCGAGCGCCUGCAAGUUGAACUGAAAGAAUAUCGCAAGCGUCUCUCGUGGAUCAGUAGCAAUGGCUUGAAUCGCUCGCAGCCAGUUGUCACUCAAGGACGAACUAAUCCUGGCGUCAAUAGCCAAAAUGACUUCAAGUUUGAAUUCCCCAAAUUCGGCGAUUUGCCACCGAUGCCCGCGACAAACCUCUUCGGUUCGAACUCUCAGAAACCGCAGACCACAGCCUCCAGCCGAGCAUCGUCAGUCGCCACACCUAGUUCGACCCAGGCAAAUGGGAAUGCCAACAAUCGUAGAUCACCAUCGGCCUCACAGAACCAGCCUGCUAGGUUUGGGUCCCUCAGUCAGUCUCCAUUGAGUACUGGAUAUUCGGCUUCACCACGGCCCCAGACAGCGCAUAAAGAGCAGCAAGGGAGCGUUGAUAGCUUGUCAGGUCUGUUCAGUCCUUCCAUCCUCGAGGCAAGUCGGCAUGCUUCGAUGAACGGCUACUUCCUUCAGAAUAACUAUAACAACACCAACUAUAACGGCCAAGGCAACGGCUCUGGAUUACAUUCAAAUUCGAGCAUGUCCACCCAUGAUUCUCCCAGUUCGUCGACAGAGUCACAGAAUCAUAUCUCCUCGAUUGGUACAUCCCCAGAACCCAGCCUCAACUCUCCAGCGAACAAGAUCAACGAGAUUGGCCUCAACCCUAUCCAUGAAGAGAACCCGCUUUCAUUUGGAGGUAAGGACCUCUGCCAGCAACUCCAAAUGGCCUGUGGCUGCGCGGACGACCCUGUACCUCCCAUCUUGAACAUGUCUAACGGAGUACCUUCAGGCUUGAGUCAGAAUACACAGAGCUUGGAUGGCACUGGCUUUGAUUUCAUGGCCCAAUCAAAUAACAACACAUUUGAUCCGGUUCUGUUCGGAGACUACCGUGAGACACAAGACAACAUUCUAUCACAAGAUUUUGGGGCUUUCUUCAAUGACGCCUAUCCAUUGCCCGAUUUGGGGAGCCCGCUUCACAACUACACAGAUCUCACGACAGAUCAAUCCUCGAAACAGAACGAUCUCAUGAAGAUGGUCGAGGCCGCCAAGAACGAAGAAGUCGUGCCCGACAACGACAAGCCCAUGACUUGUAACAAGAUAUGGGAUCGUCUUCAGUCAAUGGAGAAAUUUCGGAACGGCGAAAUUGAUAUUGACAAUUUGUGUAGCGAGCUACGUUCGAAGGCAAAAUGCUCCGAAGGUGGUGCUGUGGUGGAUAAGAGAGAUGUUGACAAGAUCCUGGGUACAGCUUGAAACAUCUGUUCUGCAUACUGGUCAUGUACGAAGCUCUCGGGAGUUUAUGGCUGAAGUCUUCGGGGACAUAUGAUACCAUCAUGAAAAUGGAAUGAAAAUGGGGAAUGAAUGACCUAGGUGCGUGACAUUUGGGUCUAUAUCGUAUUGUUUAGUGGAGUUGGGAGGUGAUUGUGCCUUCAAUGUACCAAUUUUGUGCGAUCUGGGCUCUUCUCGAAGUCAUGACGCUCUUUAGGAGGUAUUAUAUCUCCAGACAGCCAUAUAUCAGAUCUGAAAACAUGAAAACAAUGUGUAACUGAAUGAUUCGUUGUUCCCUCGCCUUGAGAAACCCGAGUCGAGCAAUAGGGGGUAGUGGACGGCCAGGCACCUAAUUUGUGGUUCGCUGACACCCAGCACUGAGAUAAAGAUGGAAUCAUGAAGACUAAUUCCAAUCCAGCAGUCCUUACCUCUGUAGUUGCUUUGUAUACAAGGCCAUGCACUGAGCACCUGGGCAUAGACAGGCAGUAAUAAAGUGAGGCGGUGAUGCUGUUCUCGGGGUUAACGAAAGAGGUUAAGCGGCAGUGCCAAGCUGACUCUC